GAGUUGGAUACCAGCGGAAAACACCGGCAAGGAUAGACCAACUACGCCUCAUAAUAAAGAUGUACUGUCCCUUCUGUGGACACCUCUUGGCAGACAGUCCUGUCUUUUGUAGUCUAUGUGGUAAAAACAUCAAGUUUUUAAAGGACAUCACCAGCACUGUGUCGAGAAAUACUGCCCUUGGUGAAGAGGCAGCAGCUCUUCCAUCUACCAGUUCCAGCAUCCUGACUGGCACAACUAUACAGUCUACACAGGCUGGGAAAUCAUUAGUGGAGUCAUUUAUAAAAUUUAGGGAUGUGAAAGAAAGGGAGAGAAAGGCCUUUUUUUCAAAGAAACACCAGGAACAGAAGGAACAUAAACCAGUGAAGAUACAGAUUGGCAUCAUGACAAGGACCAGUGAUGGUAUAAGACCUGUUCGAGGAAAGUCACUUCCGGUUGAUGUUCAUUCUCACUGGUCAACUGAGCAAGUCUUGUCUGUCAGCGUGAAAAAACAUAAGGACUUUAACCAGGACAUGGCCGAUGGACCCUAUGUACUGCUAUACCCUGAUGCAAGGGAAGUUAGCACAAUUCCUGGGACCAACACCCCUUUCACCAUCCAAAAAUACAAGGAUGCCAUUUGUAACCAUGAUGACUUCUUAAAUACUGAUUGCAACACAGAGUGUGAAUCUGAAGAGGACAAUGAAGUUCAAGUAAAAGUAGUAGAAAGCCCACUGUCGGACACUGUGAUAAUCACAGCAUGCCGGAAACAGCACCUUCAACAAAUAGGGGGUCAAACUUGCAAACUUCUUCUGAAACUCAAGGUCCCUGCUACAGCACAUACACAAGUGUUUAUGCACCGAUUGUAAUUGAUAGUGACUCAGACAAAGAAGUUCUCAUCGAAAAGGAUGAGAGUGAAACACAAAGUACAAAUGGCCUGACUGCUGCAGAAGUACUUGAAGAGCUGGCGUCUAAGACAAUAAAAACAUCUGUCAGCAGAUUUAAUAUAAACAGGGCAAAUGAUUGGGAUGGAGCAGCUCGGGGCUUUAGACGUGUGUCUUACAACCCAAAUGAUGAUAUACUUGUGAAGUUCAGCGAUGACGCAGGACAGCAUGAAGAUGGAAUGGACAAUGGUGGUCCUAAACGUGGAUUUUUGACAUUAUUAAUGAAAUGCCUUAGAUCACGACGAAUCUUUGAUGGACCCGAGGACAGCAAAUUUCUUACAUUUGACAGCGCGGCUGCAAGAGAGGAUGAAUAUUUCCUUGCUGGCAGAAUGAUUGCCACAUCAUUGGUACAUGGUGGUCCAGGGCCUGCCUUCCUCUCCAAGACACUCUACCAGCAUCUGAUUGGGACAACAAAGUCUGAUGUGGUGGAGGUCACAAUUGAAGAUGUAACUGAUGAAGCUACAAAAGCUUUUCUGUUGGAAAUAUCCAAUGCUGCAACGCUGAAGGAACUCCAUGGGUGCAUUGAAAUGCACUGCAGCUUAUUGCAGACAGCUGGCUGCUAUGGAUUUCCAGACUCUUUAGAUAGUAAAGGCAACAUCAUUAAGGACUACCUUAAGUGGUACAUCAUAUACCGCAACCACUUCUCAAUCCAAAGAUUUAAGUAUGGCCUCGCAACACUUGGUGUAAUCCAUGCCCUGCAGCAGCAUCCUUUGUUGUUCCAACCCUUCAUGUGCUCAAGACCAGAGCCGCUGACAUCUGAUGUUUUAGAGGACAUGUUUGCAGUGGUCCUGAGUGAAGCUGGCAGUUCAAGACGGCAGGAAGAAACCAGGGUGCUUGGAUUCUGGCGAGACUAUCUGAUAGACGCUGAAGAUACCAAAACAGCAGUCUCCCUACAAGACAUACUGAUGUUUGCCACGGGCCUAAACAGCAUUCCACCAGCUGGAAUGGAACCAAGAUCAAGAUUGCUGUUUGGUGAUGCAUCACGUUUCCCACUUGGGAAAACAUGUGCAAACACCAUUGUGAUACCAAUGGCUCAGUCAUAUAAGCAGUUCCAGGCUGAUAUGGACUUUGGAAUAUUAAACUCUCCUGGUUUUGGUCUGUAUUGAUCGAUUUGCAGUUUGAUCCUCACGCUGUAAUAUAGUCUUCAUUUCAACUGUGUUUUUGUUCUUAUACAAAAAGGUUGGUUUAAAGAAAUUGGCUAGAUAUCUGUUGGGCCAAGACCUUUGUUUUAGUUACAAUGCUAAAGUAAAUGUCUGUGAUUUGAAAUGAUUACUUUUAGUACCCUUAGCUUUAGAAAGAAUUCCCUUUACUACU